GAGAGGCAGGUAGCUGCGGCGCUGGGCUGGCGGCGGCGAGUCCACGUGCUCCCCGCGGCCGGUUGAAACCGUUGGCGGGCGCUGGCUGAGAGGUGAGGGGUGGUGGCCCAGAGGUCCGACCUGGGAGGCUGGGGCUCAGAGAGUGAGUAGGGGAGGGACGGGAUUUCCACCGUCAGCCCCUCUGGGUUACGCAUGGAGGAAGGAGUUCCAUUCAGAUCUCACUCCUGCUCUGGGGAAGUGGCAGGAGUCCUGGACUUAGGGUGACCAACUCGUUUUAGUUUUAAAACUUAAGGUCCCGCGUCCUGGGAACUCCCUCGGGCCUGGCCAAACCAGGACGGUUGGUCACCGCCCGACUGGGCUUCAGGCUUGCUGCAUGUUGGAGACAGGGCUCUUCUCUGAGCCUUGGGAGAUCAGUCCCUAAAGAGGAGGCCUUAGGAUGUAGCGGUCCAGAGCGCAUACUUAGGAUCAGAAUAACUACUGCGUGUGAAUCUGGGUUGCCACUACCUGGAUGUGGAAUGACCUGGUGCAAUGUUUGCUGUCUUCCAUUGGAGUGACUGAAUUUCUACAUGACGGCUUUUUGACAAGACUUAAAACCUGUCUUGGAUAGAGAAUAUUUAGCCAUUUACCUAAAAAUGGUAUUUUUUACAUGCAAUGCAUGUGGUGAAUCAGUGAAGAAAAUACAAGUGGAAAAGCAUGUGUCUGUUUGCAGAAACUGUGAAUGCCUUUCUUGCAUUGACUGCGGUAAAGAUUUCUGGGGCGAUGACUAUAAAAACCACGUGAAAUGCAUAAGUGAAGAUCAGAAGUAUGGUGGCAAAGGCUAUGAAGGUAAAACCCACAAAGGCGACAUUAAACAGCAGGCGUGGAUUCAGAAAAUUAGUGAAUUAAUAAAGAGACCCAACGUCAGCCCCAAAGUGAGAGAACUUUUAGAGCAAAUUAGUGCUUUUGACAACGUUCCCAGGAAAAAGGCAAAAUUUCAGAAUUGGAUGAAGAACAGUUUAAAAGUUCAUAAUGAAUCCAUUCUGGACCAGGUGUGGAAUAUCUUUUCUGAAGCUUCCAACAGCGAACCAGUCAAUAAGGAACAGGAUCAACAGCCACUCCACCCAGUGGCAAAUCCACAUGCAGAAAUCUCCACCAAGGUUCCAGCCUCCAAAGUGAAAGACGCCAUGGAACAGCAAGGGGAGGUGAAGAAGAAUAAAAGAGAAAGAAAGGAAGAGCGGCAGAAGAAAAGGAAAAGAGAAAAGAAAGAAGUAAAGUUAGAAAACCACCAGGAAAACUCAAGGAAUCCGAAGCCUAAGAAGCGCGAAAAGGGACAGGAGGCUGACCUUGAGGCUGGUGGGGAGGAAGUCCCUGAGGCCGAUGGCUCUGCAGGGAAGAGGAGCAAGAAGAAGCAGCAGCACAAGGACAGCGCCAGUGAGGAAGAGGCACACGUGGACGCAGGGAGGAGGAAGCGGAGGCACUCGGAAGUUGAAACAGAUUCUAAGAAGAAAAAGAUGAAGCUCCCAGAGCAUCCUGAGGGCGGAGAACCAGAAGACGAUGAGGCUCCUGCAAAAGGUAAAUUCAACUGGAAGGGAACUAUUAAAGCAAUUCUGAAACAGGCCCCAGACAAUGAAAUAACCAUCAAAAAGCUAAGGAAAAAGGUUUUAGCUCAGUACUACACAGUGACAGAUGAGCAUCACAGAUCCGAAGAGGAACUCCUGGUCAUCUUUAACAAGAAAAUCAGCAAGAACCCUACCUUUAAGUUGUUAAAGGACAGAGUCAAGCUUGUGAAAUGAACAUUCGUGUAUUGAAAAAUUGAAUCCAUUCUGCUGACUUCUUCCUUUCAUUGCUGUUUAUAAAAUGUGUAAUGAAUUCUAACAACUCAAAUUUUGCUUUUUGAAGCUGUAUUUUUAAGUUAAGAAAAAAUAUAUUUUUGGUAUAACUUUUUUGAGAAAAAUAAAAUAUAUUCUGGUCCAAACUUCUAAA